AUGGGUAUCCUCGAUCUUGCCGAUGAGCUUCUUCGCAUCAUCCUCGAAUAUGUUGCCUCUGAACCAGAAAAACCAAUCAGCCUGGAGCGCCGUGCCUACCUCUCACAAGAAAGCUUCAAGCUGCCCCUACCACUGGAGCCGGACGACGCCGAUACCAUCGCCAAAUUCCGCUUGACCUGCAGAAAAUUCUCGGAUCUUGGUGUGAUCCAUCAGUUCUCGCGGAUCACUACACGCUUCUCGCGGAAAGGACUUGACCGCCUUGAGAAGAUUGCAAACCAGCCGCACAUUGCGGGCCGCGUGAAGAAGUUUAGUUACAUGGUACCGUUCUUCUAUGAUCAAGGACGAGAGCGCAUUCAGGAGCUUCUUCACACACGGCCCGAGAGUUUUGGCUUCCUUGAUGUCGGACACUUUCAAGAAAAGGUGAAUGAGCAAAGAGACAUCCUACGGACAAGAAAAGACGCCCGUAUUCUUCACUUCGCGCUCCAGAGGUUCACUUCACUCCAGCACAUUCAGAUCCUGCGACUGCAGGAUCAAGAAGAUGCGGUGUUGGUUCAGUACAUGCGGGGUCAUAACGAACUGAACAGUCUAGUGCCGACAUGGCCACCAGCAUGCCUGCAUAGCGCGAAAACGAUCGGUCAAGCUCUCCUAGAGUCCGAGUCACCAUGCUCACGCUUCUCAUCACCCAUGCUAAGCCCCCAGAGUGUUCUAGGUGCCGCAAACAACCCGCCAUCAACGCUGGGAAUUCUCGCUGAACGCCUUACUUGUCUAGAGCUACAUUUCGACGACAGCACGGACCUGGAUGUACGGAUGCGACAUCUGUCCUCCUUGUCCAAAGCGCUGUUUACCGCGGCUAAGAACAUCGAAGCAGUUCAUAUUGGUUUCCCUUCAUAUCGACCACUCACGCUACGACUUGAAGAGCUUUUCCACAACGUCAAGUGGGAAAAGUUGCAGGCUUUUGGGAUUCAAGCGUGGCGUCUCAACGCAGACGAAAUUCUAAGUAUUGCUCGUCGACACAAGGAUACACUACGUGGCUUGCGGCUUCGAGAUGUACUCCUGAAGGAAGGUAGUAUGUGGAGGGACGUGCUCCCCUGUUUACGAGAUGAUCUCACAAGACUUGACUGGGUCAGUCUCAGGCGAAUUGGAUAUGAGAAACACUUUGACGAGCAAUUUGUCAUGGGAGUCGAGGUCCCAGAUGACCCUCUAGGGAGUGAUAGUAGCGAAGAGAGCGACGAAAGCGACUUUGAAUACGGCGAACACGAGGAUCCAUCCGAUGACCACAGUGGCAGUGGGAACGAUGCUGAUGGCAGCUCGAUAGCUGGUACCGAAUCCGACGCAGAGACGGACGAGCCUGAACAAGGUGGAACUUUGCACUUCCCACCAAUGCCAGAUACCCCGGCCUCGAUUACAUGGUGCAACUGCAAUGGCCACAUGGAUAGCGUGGACGCUCUUGGGGAUGAUGGAGUCAUGGUUACCAAUCAGCAACGCAAAUUCUGGGAGAAGUGGGUCCCGACCCCACGCAUCCGCUUCCUUCUAACGUACGGACGAAUCAUCAACAACAUCGUCAAUUAUUCCUCUACUCGGCUGUUCCUACUUCAUCCGUAUCUGUCAAAGCAUUGUGCGGGCGCUCCAGGCUCUUUGCAUACCUUAUGCCUUUCGCGUUCUGUUCCGCUUUUCCAACUUCUCGACUUCAAGUAA